AUGGAUGACCUUGCCAAAUGCUUACCAACAAGCCCACAAGAGAAUCACACGAACUCUGACGCAGACCGCAGUCCAGAAAGGAAUGGAAUUGAUUCAUUAACAAUGAGAAGAGCUGUAACGUUCGACGACGACGAUGAAGAGGCAAACAGGAAAGUGCCGCUGACACUGACUAGAAAAACUAGCAACGGAUCAGUGAAACGCGGUAUACCACAGGGUCUGAAACCAAUGGUGGAGGCAAGAUUACGCAGUCCUGAUGUUGAAUGGAUCAAGAAUGCAUUCCUUCAUAUAAGCCCACGUGAAGUAUUGACUCUGAACCGCUUCGAUAAUGCCGACUAUAUAGAUGUGGUGGCUGUGCGAAACGUUUCGCAAUCUCCCGUGAUGUUCAAAAUUAAAACAACAUCACCGGAGAAAUUCCGAGUUCGUCCCAGCACUGGGCUAAUUCCCGCCGGAUCGACGGAUAUCAUCCGUGUUUACCUACAAAACGAGUACAAGAACUCUUGCUUAAAAGAGAAAUUCCUGCUCAUGGCACUUGAAACAGAGAACAACAAUCUCGAAACGUUUGGCGAACUUUGGAAAAAAGCGGACAACGAAAGAAAGGUGGAACAGAGAUUGAAAUGCAGAAUAAAUGACGAUGCUUCCAGUGAAGGAUCAAAUAACGAAAGAGUGGGAAGAAAAACAGUGUUAGCUCCCAGCAAGAACAAAUAG